ACAAACGUCUGCCAACCAUCUGUCAACGAAAAUUAUCAAUGCAAAUAUACUAUUGUAAGUACGUCACGUUAAACAGGUUGAACUUGUCUCGUUUUUCACACAAAUACACUUGCUGCAGCAUUAAACUGCACACAGAAGUAAUCCUGAGUCUGCUUACAAAGUCUUUUACCUGAAGGAUUAAUGUUCUUUAGCAAAAAAAGCAAACAUGAACAAUCAGAAGUUUAUUAGGUUGCUCAUCGGCUUCUUGGUGAUCGUUGCCAUGAUGAAAUAUUUCUUUAGUCCCAGCUCGAACAAAGACACAAGUCACAAGACCCACCAAAUCAUACAAGGAGGUAAAUUCUGGACUAACCAGCGUAUCCCACAGCUGAAUUUGGUUCAUAUGCAGGAGGAUCCUGUCAAAAAAGAACAUAAAGACAACACAGAGGUUCAGCCAGGGAAAAAAGAGAAGAUCCAAUCAAACCAAGAGUCAGAACCAGGAAUUCCUGAUGAUACGCACACAGAUUCAUUAAAAAUCGUGCACUUAGAUCUGAAAGGUGCUGCACCCAAAGUCAAAUACCUUGAACAGAUAUUCCCUCUACUGUCCUCUCUGGGUGCUAAUGGGAUAUUGCUGGAAUAUGAGGAUAUGUUUCCUUAUGAAGGGGAACUCAGCAUUCUCAAAUCAAGCUUUGCAUACAGUCCUGAAGAUAUAGAGGAAAUGAAGUCUCUGGCCAAACGGCACACGCUUGAACUGAUUCCUCUGGUGCAGGUGUUCGGACACAUGGAGUUCGUCUUGAAACACGAGAAGUAUUUCAGAUUGAGAGAAGUGGAAACAUUUCCCAAUAGCCUAAACUCUCUGGCCCCAGGAAGCAUGGAUCUCGUUCAAGACAUGCUAACGCAGGUUAUGAAGAAGCACCCAGAAGCAAAGUGGUUCCACAUCGGUGCCGAUGAGGUACGUGGCCUGGGGGAAAGUGACGAUUCGAAGCGCUGGUUGGAAGCCAACAAUAGAGACACGGGGAAGCUUUUCCUCAAUCAUGUUACCACAGUUGGGAGAUUUAUCACCAAACUAAAUCAAGGAAUCAAGUUGAUCUUGUGGGAUGACAUGCUUAGGAAGGUUAGCCCCGACACGAUCAAAGAAUCGGGUUUGCGAGACAUUGCAUCGCCAAUGAUAUGGAAUUACAUCCCGAACAUGGAUGUGAAAGAGAUUGGUAGCUAUAUACAUAAGUAUGAGCAGGCUGGAUUUAAGGGUGUGUGGUUUGCUAGCGCUUUUAAAGGAGCCUCUGGAAUUGACCAGAGAUGGACUCCAAUCAAUCACCACUUACAAAACCACCUCCAGUGGCAGAAAGUCAUUAAAUCCAUGCCGCAGUACAAGUCUGUGAGAUUUCAAGGCAUUGCUCUGACUGGCUGGCAGAGGUAUGAGCAUCACACUGUGCUGUGUGAGCUUCUCCCAGUGGCCAUCCCUUCUCUGGCUGUCUGUCUUCAGACACUGAAACACGGAUCAUUUGAUGCCAAGGCACAGAAGGAGGCACAGCGCUUCCUUGGGUGUCAGGUUGAGCUGAGCAAAAAUGAGUGUAAGGGUGCAUCCUUUCCUGGCUCAGAUGUUUAUGAAAUGGUGCAGAAGAUCAACAACAACCUUGAGGGUUCAGUUAAAAAGAUCAUGCAAAGCUACCACGUCAAAGGAUCAUUCAGCAAAUAUCAUCGCAAACACAACUUUGCAAACCCUCGAAAUCUUGCAUUUUUCAAAAAUGAACUGAAAAAAUUGAUGGAUGAAUGGGAUUCCUUUUUAUUGACUUUCCGGCAAAGUAUGGAGGCAAUCUUCUACCCAGACACUUUAGAGGAGUGGACGGAAGAGAAUGUCAACGAACACAUAGGAAGACUUCAUGAGAUGGUGGUUGAUGUAGAACGAAUCAUAAAACUCAACGGACAGCCAAAAGAGGAUCCUCCGAAAAAGAGGUGAAACAGACAAGUGGAACAACAGGAAGAAAAUUCCAUAAUGUGACAACAUUAGUAAAAGUUUCACAGAAGUUCUCUUAUUACACUGUGUAUGCACUUCUUGAAGAAGUGGACUUACAAGACUACACACUGAUACAUUUAAUUAAUCUGUUUUUGAGCUGACUCAAAAUGAUCUAAAUUAUUUGCCUUUGCAGGUUCAGCUAAUGUGUUUUUAAAAUUAUAAUUAUUAUUAUUAUGAAUGUCUAGGGAUGGAACACAAUCAUCAUUCAUUUCUUUGACACGCAAAAUGUAUUUUGUACAUUUGUACGUUUGAGGAGCACAAACAGCUCUGUAAAUCGUCACAGUCGAUUAAACAUACUUGGCAUGUUUCGUGCUAUCACUAUUACAGAUAUAGUUCUGCAUUAGCUAUAGAAGCAUUUACUACUCAAAACAUUAAAACGGGAUACCUGCUGGCCAUAGAGCUUGUG